AUGGGAAGGGAGCCAAACCCACCAAAUGAAACCCUGAAACGAUCCCAAGCACCAUCCAAGAAAAUCCCAGAAAAAGACAGAAACCAAGCGGUGGAAAAACAAAGAAGCAGAAGCAGCAGCAGCAGCAGCAGCAGCAGAAACAUGAGUAUAUUCCAAGUGUUUGAUAUGAGAGAAAAGGUGAUCAAGAGAGAAGGAGCUGGGGCUGUGUGCCCUUGCUGUGGAGGCCCUGUUGUUGCAACGCAUCUUGACUGCAAUUUACAUGUGUGUUGUGUCCCUGUCUCCCGCAAAACCAAGACCAAGUACUUCUGCGCCAUCUGCUCCCGUUCCCUGAUCGUCACCCGCUGA